AUGUCAUUCCGAGGCGGUCGCGGUGCGCCGCGCGGUGGAUUCGGCGGUCGUGGUGGAGGCCGUGGAGGUUUCCAGCAACGCGACAUGGGUCCCCCGGCGCAAGUCCUAGAGAUGGGCAAGUUCCUGCACGCCUGCGAGGGUGAGAUGGUCUGCGAGAGCAUCAACCCCAAGGUGCCCCAGUUCAACGCCCAGAUGUUCCUCGAGAACAAGACCUCCAUUGGCAAGAUCGACGAAGUCCUCGGCCCCAUCAACCAAGUCUACUUCACCAUCAAGCCCUCCGAGGGCAUCCAGGCCACUUCCUUCAAGGAGGGCGACAAGUUCUACAUCGGCUCCGAGAAGCUGCUCCCCAUGGAGCGCUUCCUUCCGAAACCCAAGGCGCCCCCAGGACAAAAGCCCAAGCGCGCCGGCCGCGGCGGUCCCGUGCGCGGCGGUGCCCGCGGCGGCGGACGUGGCGGCUUCGGCGGUC